CAGAGAGAAAGGCGAACGGGAGAAGGCGGAGAGAAGCUGAGGAGGGACCCCACGGCACCGCGGGCACACCGGUGAAGCUACCGCGGCUCUUUGCACAGGACGAUAACGUCAAGAGCGCAGGACACUCCUGGGGGGCUCCCGAUAGCUGAAGAAGAGGAGGUGGAAGGAAGGGGAGGGGGCAGUUACUCAGAAACUACCGUGAGGAUUACAGAGAGCCACCGUCACAGCUGCUUUCACCCAGAAGUUAACCUACAUAAGAGCUAUGCUGAUGUCCUAAGCUGAGGGAGCCCUGACCUCAUCCUCAACCUGUCACUUGUCUCAGUUUCUUAUCCCACACCUGAUCAACUCUCCAUCAGUCACCGAGCACCAACAGAAACCACCGCAACUUUUCCCCAUCCCCCUCUUACCCAGCCUGCCGUCACCAUGACGUCGGAGCUGGAGAGUAGCCUGACCUCCAUGGAUUGGCUUCCUCAGCUGACCAUGCAGGCAGCUAUCCGCAAAGCGGACGCCCAGAAUGCCCACGGGCCAGGCAUGGGCAAGAAGAGUACCCUACUGGAUCCUAACACCACAUUGGACCAGGAGGAGGUGCAGCAGCACAAGGAUGGCAAGCCGCCCUACAGCUACGCCAGCCUCAUCACAUUUGCCAUCAACAGCUCGCCAAAGAAGAAGAUGACACUGAGCGAGAUCUACCAAUGGAUCUGUGAUAACUUUCCCUACUACAGGGAGGCGGGAAGUGGCUGGAAGAACUCAAUACGGCACAAUCUGUCAUUGAACAAGUGUUUUCUCAAAGUGCCUCGCUCCAAAGAUGACCCAGGAAAGGGCUCUUACUGGGCCAUUGACACCAACCCAAAAGAGGAUGCCUUGCCUACACGGCCAAAGAAGAGGCCGCGGUCUGGAGAGAGGGCUUCUACGCCGUACAGCCUGGAGUCGGAGUCUUUGGGGAUGGAGUGUAUGAUCUCUGGAAGUGCCUCUCCAACGCUGGCAAUCAACACUGUGACUAACAAGGUGGCUUUGUACAACACAGACCAGGAAGGGAGUGAUAGUCCAAGAAGCAGCCUUAACAACAGCCUGUCUGAUCAGAGUCUGGCUUCUGUCAAUCUCAACAGUGUGGGCAGUGUGCACAGCUAUACACCGGUGACCAGUCACCCAGAGCCUGUGUCCCAGUCAAUGAGUCUCCAGCAACCCCCGCAGUCCCAGUACAACAUGCCAGACAGGGACAAGCAGCUCCUGUUCUCUGAAUUUGAAGAUCUCAGUGCCUCCUUCCGCAGCCUUUACAAGUCUGUUUUUGAGCAGUCCUUCAGCCAACAAGGUCUCAUGGGCAUACCGUCAGAUUCCUCCCAGCAGACCCACACCUCCUGCUCCUAUCAGCACUCCCCCAGUGGCACCAUUAGUACACAGAACAGCCUGUCAAACAACCAACCCAACAGCCACCCCAACAGCCACUCUGCCAACAGUGGUCAGGUGCCCCUGUCCCAUCCUGCCCAAGCCCACCCUGGCCACGGCUCGCCCCACGCACCACAUCUCCCGCAGCACGGUGGCCCCCAUAACCAACACAGCCAACACACCCAGCACAGCCAACACAGUCAGCACCAACAGCACUCCCAGCACCCCCAACACGCUGCGCACUCCCAGCACGGGCAGCACCCAUCACAGCAUCCGUCCCACGGCCAGCACCCACAGCAGCACACGCCACACCCCUCACAACACACGCAGCACAGCCAGCACCCUUCUCAACACGGACAACAGCAUCAAAGCCUCUCCCACCAGCCCCAUCCUACCCAGCAACAGAUGGCUUGCAACACAGGUUUACUGUCUGACUGGUACCCAAAUCUGGAUGCACUGAAAGAAAGCUGUCGUAUUGCUAGCAGCUAUAACUGGGCUGAUGUCGACCUUUCACCUUUCCAAGGGUUAAGAGAGAGUAUGAGACAAGCAGAGUUGAACAAUUGGUCCCUGGAACCCACCCAGAUCGCAGACCUCUGCACAUCCAUCAAUCAGUUUUUUGCCCGCACUGGUGUAAUCCAGCCACAGGGGGCAGUACAGCCUUCUGUUUGCCAUGGCUCCAUGCACCCCAACAAACCCAGCCAGCACCUCAACACAGGAAAUCUCUACAUGGACUCCAGACAGAGCAUGCCCAUGAUGGGUCCUCCAGGAUAUCCCCACAUGCCACCCAUGAGCAGCACAGGACCCACUAUGACAGGACACCAUGCACAGAUGAACCAGCAGCACAUGAUACCUACCAGAAACUUCCAGAUGCAUCGCAUGCCAGCUGACGACAUCCAGGAUGACUUUGAUUGGGACUCCAUUGUCUAGCCCCUAGACCUCCUUCUUGCAAACAAAAGGGAGCGAGGAGAGGAGGUGGAAGCCAGAGGAAGCCAGGCUGAGCUGAAAGGCCGCAGGAGAAGGAGGAGGAGAAGGAGGCCACUGUGGGUGGGAUGCAGAAGAACAUUUGACAAGCUUCGGAGAAAGAGAGACUUCAGAGUCCUGACAUUUUUACAAAAGCGAAACAUAAAUAGAAAAUGUUACUUUGAAGACAAUCAUAUUUAGUCGGACAUGUUAAAGUGAUUGCUUAUGUACUUGUCUAGAGACAAGUAGAACACAUUCACGUCUAAACCACAUGCUCCUCAGCUCCUCAGCCAGCCCUCUCCCCGUCCCUUGCC